GUUAGUAGAGCUGGAGACAAUCAGUAGCCAUCCUGUUGAUGCACAGUGGAGGCAUUGCUUUUUCACUCGUGACACAUCUUCACUCUCAGUGAGUCUGCAAUAAAUAAAGGAGCUAAAGGCUAUUCCCUGACUCCAGUGUCAUGUGUACGGAGUUUGGCUGGCUGUCUAACUGAAGUCUCAACACGUCAGCGAGGACAGUACAGUGAAAAAGCAAUGCUUGUCUGGUGCCUCAGCAACUACGUUUGGAAAUAAACAUCCAAACAUGGAAGAGGAACACAAAGAUGAUGCUUCAGUGUCCAGCUCUAAGAGCAGCCGUUCAGCAUCCUCAACUACCAGUGCAGCUGCCGAGCAUGCGCCAAGGCUGAAGCGGCAAAAGCUAGGGCUGCAUUUGCCGAAAGAGAAACACAGUUAAAAUUGGAAAAGGCACAAAAGGAAGCAGAAUUGCAGUUAGGAAAGGCUAAAUUGGAGGCUGAACUAGAAGCACUAACUUUGCAAAGAGAGGCAGCAGCAGCUAUUGCACAAGCUGAAGCACUAGAGGCAGCUGAAGGAAUAGAGGGAGGUAUGAUGAGGAGUGACUUCAGGAAAUCAGUGACAGAGAAGAGUUUUCCUGAGCGUACAAGUGAAUACGUGAAAACACAACAGAGACUGCUCACUCCACAAGGUUUGGAACCUUUUGCUGCCACUCCUACACUUCUGCCUGCUCCUGAUCAAAGUCUCAUUACAUGGGGAACUCCAUAUGUAAGCCAUGCAUACACCGAACCUGACAAGACCGGUAAGUCACCUGAUGCUGAGAAUAGAUUACAAGAUACAUUUUUAUCACUCCACAAAGAAAACGUUGGGAGGACUUUUAAGAAGGGUAAUGAGUACUGGGCAGAUCUUAAACCAGCGCAUCACACAAUAAGCACAACAGCUCAGUCAUAUGUCCCCCAGCAAGCUGCAGUUGUUCAUACAUCUACAACCGAUGAUCUUGCACGCUACUUGGCACGCCGAGACUUGGUCUUCACAAGCCUUUUUCAGUUCGAUGACAGACCUGAAAGUUACAGAGCCUUUAACAAUGCAAUCAGAGGCUUAGGUAUCACAGCAAGUGAGGAAUUGGAUCUGAUGGCAAAAUGGCUAGGAAGAGAAUCUGCCGAACAUGUCAAGAGGAUACGCUCAGUACACAUCAGCUCUCCUGAAAGAGCCCUGAUGAGAGCUUGGCGUCAACUGCAGGAUUGUUAUGCUUCUCCAGAAGUGAUUGAAUGUGCCUUAUUUAAGAGACUGGAUGAUUUUCCCAGAAUUUCAGCCAAAGACUACACAAAGUUAAGGGAGCUAGGGGACCUUCUUAUGGAGCUUAACUGUGCCAAGGAGGAAGGCUACUCACCAGGGUUGUCAUAUCUGGAUACAGCCCGCGGCAUUGGUCCAAUCAUUGAAAAGCUUCCUUUCGCACUUCAAGAGAGAUGGAUAUUGUAUGGUUCACGAUAUAAAGAGGACAAUGAUGGCCGGUUUCCUCCAUUUGAUAUCCUGGCCUGAACCAGGAAUGACUCUAGCUUCACCAUUCACAAUAGCUCUAGCAGUGUACCCAGAAAACAAGACCUAUCUACCUUUAGGUCACACAAUGUAAGAAACACCAUAUCAGUCCCCAAGACAGAUGUCUCUUCGGCUGAAAGCCCAACAGAGGACAAUUCCAUGAGGAAGAGCGAUGGGUUUGGUAAAAACUGUCCCAUCCACAAUAAAGCGCAUCCACUCAGGAAAUGCAGGGCCUUUAGGGCAAAGCUGCUUUAAGAAAGAAAAGCAUUCCUGAAGGAAAAUGGGAUAUGUUUCAAAUGCUGUGCUUCAACAGCACAUAGAGCUAAAGACUGUAAAGCAGUAGUAAAGUGUGGCGAGUGUGGGAACAGUUGGCACAACACAGCUAUGCACCCAGGACCAACAUUUGUGGCCCCAAGUACAGUCUCUCCCGUGGCAGACCAUGGCGGGGAGGAACAAGAUACCUCCACUGUACCAGUAGUCCAUUCCCAAUGCACUGAAGUUUGUGGGCCAGGUCAAGCAUCUAAGUCUUGUUCAAAGAUUUGCCUGGUCAGAGUAUAUCCCAUAGGUCAGCGAGACAAGGCCAUUAGUAUGUAUGUCAUACUUGACGACCAGAGUAAUCGCUCCUUGGCCAGGUCAGACUUCUUUGAGCACUUUAACAUUUAUAGUGAGCUAACCUCUUUCUCCCUAAGAACAUGUGCUGGUACCACUGACCUGUCUGGUAGGAAGGCAGAAGGCUUCCAAAUAGAAUCACUUGAUGGACGGGUUAAUCUAUCUCUUCCUCCACUAAUUGAGUGCAAUGAGAUACUUAAUAACCGCUCUGAAAUACCAACUCCAGAAGCAGCUCUCCACCAUCCGCAUCUGAAGCACUUGGCAGCACACAUUCCAGAAUUGGAUCCAGAUGCUGAGAUUCUUCUGCCGCUUGGAAGAGACAUCAUCAGGGUCCAUAAGGUCAGGCAGCAGGUUAACGGGCCUCAAGAUGCCUUGUUUGUUCAAAGAGUUGAUCUAGGCCUCGUGGAUGAUGUAUGCCUGGGAAGUACACACAAGCCAACAGUGAGUACAUUCAAAAAAACCAUUUUGGAAAAUGGCCGUUGUACUCACCUCAUCCCUUGUGAAAGCUUCAUAAGCCUGAAAGAGAAAGUUUGUCUUGGCAAACAGCAAAAUUCUUUCUCUCAGACCAGGAGAGUAACAGAGAACAAUUUUGGACAAACUGUGUUCAACAGGACUGUGACAGACAACAAACGUGCCCCAUCUGUCAAGGACACAAAUUUCUGAACCAAGAAGUCCACCAAGACAAGAUGCAGAGGUGGGUUGCGCCUCUCCCUUUCAGAGUACCAAGACAGCGGUUACCCAACAACUGACAACUGGCAUUGAAUUGGCUGUCCUCACUAAGGCGCACACUAAUGAGAAACCCUGAAAUGAGAGAGCAAUUUGUCACCUUUAUGGGGAACAUGAUCACAAAUCAACAUGCUGAACCAGCACCGCCAUUGAGGGAAGAUGAAGAAUACUGGUAUCUGCCAACCUUUGGUUUCUACCAUCCCAAAAAGCCUGGCCAGCUUAGAAUAGUUUUCGAUUCUAGUGCCAAGCACUCUGGCAUCUCGCUCAAUGGCAUCCUCCUCACUGGCCCCGACCUCAACAACUCCCUUGUAGGAGUUUUAAUCCAAUUCAGAAAGGAACAAGUUGCUGUAACGACAGACAUACAGCAAAUGUUUCAUUGCUUCUAUGUUUAUGAAGACCACAGGAAUUUUCUUAGGAUCUUGUGGUAUAGAGACAAUGACAUGUCUAAAGACCUCAUGGACUACAGAGUGAGGGUGCACAUUUUUGGCAACAGUCCAUCACCAGCAGUUGCCAUCUAUGGUUUAAGGAGGGCCAUCAAAGAGGGUGCGCAAGAACAUGGAGUGGACACCGUGGAGUUCGUAGAACGCCACUUCUACAUGGAUGAUGGGCUUAUCUCCUUGCCGUCUGAAGAAGAGACAGUUGAUCUGCUGCAGAGGACUCAGGCAUCCUUUGGUGAGUCUAACCUGCGCUUGCACAAGUUUGCUUCAAACCAGCAAGGUAUAAUGGAUGCAUUCCCACCUGAGGACUGUGCUGCAGGUGUCAGAGACCUGGACCUUGGUGAAGAAACACCUCCCAUUCAGCGUAGUUUAGGACUUUGCUGGGAGAUAGCAAAGGACACUUUUACCUUUAUGGUAUCCACUGGUGACAAGCCAUUCACGCGGCGCGGAGUCUUGUCUGUGGUGAAUAGUGUUUUUGAUCCCCUUGGUCUAGUGACUCCCAUCAUUAUCCAAGGCAGAGCUCUCCUAAGGGAACUUACAAUGGACACAAAUGAUUGGGAUGCACCGCUACCCGAAGAAAAAUGCAGUCAAUGGGAAACCUGGAGAGACUCAUUACAAGAUUUGAACUUCAUGUCCCACGAGCAUACACACGUUUAUCCCUAUCCAAGGCAGUGCAUAAAGAGUUGUGCAUGUUUUCAGAUGCCUCAACAAAGGCCAUUGGCGAAGAUGGUCAUGUUGACGUUGUGUAACCAGUAUUAGGUGUACAGUACGGUAAGUGCAGUUCUUAGAUAUAGCAAAGUAUGUAUAUAAGAAAUUCAAUUGGGCCAAUCAGAAGUUUCCUCACUAGAUUUGACUACAGAGCCAGAGCAACCAAACCACUGAGACCACACUGGACUACUAAAAGUAUAAUUGGA